GUCAGCUAUAAUUAUGUACGAAUAAAACUUGAUAUGCGGAUUGAUAUAAGCAUUAAUAAGACGAAGUUUGCAGCAUCUAACCAUCCAUCACUAACACACCAUAAUUUAUCGCCUAUGUGGCUUCUGAAUGAAAACUCACAAACGGCUGAGACAACUUCAUUGAGCCCAUGGACAGUUGAACAACAGAAGUCUCAGUGGUGUGGUAAUGCAGCAGAAUUCGGUAAUGGAAUGAACUAUGAACAGCAAAUGCGUUCAAUAAUCCCUCCAGCGUUUCGUAAUUCCAACGCUAAAGUGAUUUGGAGCGAUCCACCGAAAUCACUCGAAGCGAAUAUCAAUGAAGCGCUCGGUAUUACACCCCAAAACUGGCAGACACCAAACAGUAAUCAACUCACAGAUCAGGAUUCUUCCAGUGGUAUUGUUUACUUUCAAGUUCAUCGGAUUGGCUUCAAUCAAUAUCCUUUUAUUGUUUGCGUUCGAUGUUCAAAUCAGUUUCAAAAUGCAAACUUCAUGAAUGGCCUUUCAAUGGGUUGGGGACAAACCGAAUUAGAUGAACCAAGAGGAUGGGAUCUGAAUAUACCGAUGUCAGUAUGCCAACCAGGAUUGAGAAACAAUCUGUCAUCAGCGUCAUCAUUACAAACAAAGUGGUUGAGCAGUGAAGAUCAUCCCAGCAAUGCCUGGAACACAGCGCCAAACCCGGCUAUGAACCCCAACAUACAGCAACGACCACCUACGCUCAAUUGCCCGCCACCCCCACCACCUAAUUACCUCAAUCCUAUGAAUAACGAAUGGCAGCAAAACGCAAGGGGUCGAGGCUCAAUGUAUUUGCCAUCGUUACCACAAACCACCUUCAACGCACCGUCAUUCGACUCAGCUGCUGCAAACAACUGGAAUGCGCCAUCCACACCGCUCAUCUCCCAACGAUCUAUCAACAAUCCUCCUAUUAUGCCACACACUAUUUCAUCACCCAAUAUGCCACCUCAGAGAAGUCGUCUUCAGAAUAUAUGGUCUCAUAAUACACCUAUUAAUAACACUGCAUCUUCUAUGUGUAUACCUCCACCUAAUUUGGAUUAUGGGAGUAAUUUACCGCAAUGGACACAAUCGAAUAGUCUGUCAAUGGGCGAAAUAGCGAGCAAGCAGCAGCAAUUUAUGGGUGAGAACGCGAUGUGGCAAGAUCCGAAUGGAGAGGUUCGUAAGUGGCAACGAGAUACGGGUACUGCAAUCUGGGGUGAUCCUGAAAAACAACCAACUGAAAUACAUCGUUGGUUGGUUCCUCCGGGUGCUGAAUAUGAAUCAUCAGAAGAUACAACUGCAAAUGAUGAUCCAAACUCACCUCAAGAUUCAAAAUCAUCUAGUAAUACCAAAACUACGGGUCGUGUAAUAGUGCCUUUGGGAUGGGGUGAUGUCAAAGUGACAGCAGCACCAGCAACAGCACCAGCGAAUGCAGCACCAACUGCAGUCAGCUCAUCAGUUCAUUCUGUUAACAGUUCUGCCAGUCUUAUCAAUUCAACCGUUGAUAAUCGCAACUGGCCUAAUACUAUCCCAAUGCUCAAUCACAACGCUGCGACAGGAUGGGAUAGGCGUGGAGGUAUGAUGAAAGGGGCGAUGAAUAGUGGGGCUGGAACGAACGGUUGGGAUAGUCUGAGUAUGGGUGAAGGUGAAUGGAAUGGCGCAUUCGGGUUGGGGGCUUCUUCAAUCACGUCGUCAGCUUCACUGCAGCAACCGAGUUUGAUUGAUCUGUCGCUACUGAGUAAACCGUUACCGCAUGAAACACUUUCGCUGAUGAACACCUUACUUCUUCGUUUACCAGUUCUCGAUCAGGCUGAACAUCAGUUUGCCAAUCUUAUAGCCAGUGUUAAGCAGAACGCAAAGAACGGCGAUUCAACAAUAUGUGAUACAACACUAUCGCCGAACAGUUUACUGAAUAUGAUGACUGUGGAACAACGUGCUGAACACGACAGACUUAUCAUUGAGAUUGCUGCCACCAAAACUGAUAUUGCUGCGAUUCGUGAGAAGAUUAAUGCCACCCAGCAGGUUGUUAAUAAUAAGCCACUCGUAACCUCAAAUGAACAUGUGAUGACAAGCGCACCACGCUUUGGAGAUAGCAUUUUGGACGCGACGGCGGGUGUGGAACCUCAGAAGCCGCUCUUCUCGAUUUUUUAA